AUGUCGGAUGACUCAAUCACUCGCAAACUGAAAGACAUCACAGCAGGCUUUGUUGGAGGAGCAGCCCAGGUGCUGAUCGGGCAGCCGUUUGAUCUGGUCAAGGUGCGUAUCCAAACUGGUCAAUACAAGACUCCUCUCGAAGCAUUUACCAAAACUUUGGCUACGGAAGGGCCACUCGCGUUUUACAGAGGUACCAGUGGACCUCUUUUUGGAGUUGGAGCGUGUGUAUCGAUUCAAUUCUACACUUUCCACGAGGCCAAGCGGUUCUUUCUGCGCCUGGAUGGUAAGAAGUCCGACAAUGUCUUCGAUCUGACCUAUCCUCAGAUCUAUCUGUCCGGAGCCUCUGCUGGUGUGGUGAACACCAUUGUGGCUUCUCCCAUUGAGCAGUUGCGUAUUUUGGCACAAACCACCAAGUCCACUACGCAUCAGGGCGUCAUUGGCAUGUUCAAUCAGGUAUAUGGACACUAUGGGCUCAAGGGUAUCUAUAGAGGAGUUGGAGUGACCCUUUUGCGGGAGGCCCAGGGAUACGGAAUGUGGUUUUUGUCGUUCGAGUUCCUUAUAAAGCAAGUUUGUGAGCGAACCCACACCGAGAGAAAGAACCUGCCUGCUUGGCAGCUGCUUUCUUGUGGUGCCCUGGCUGGCCAAGUUCUGUGGCUGUCUUGUUACCCUCUGGAUGUUAUCAAGUCCAAGGUCCAGAGCGACUCGUUCACCCAUCCCAAGUACAAGGGAGCUCUAGAUGCGCUGAGACAGACUCUGAAGACAGACGGAGUUGCUGGCCUGUUCAGAGGACUAUCUCCCACACUUCUGCGAGCUAUUCCUGCUUCAGCUGGUACUUUUGCCGCUGUUGAGAUGACCAUGCGGCUCCUGGGUUAG